AUGGCGACUACUCCACUAGUGGUUCUCGGCAACAUCAUGACCCUCGUCGGCGCUGGCGAGGCCCUCUAUUCCGCGUACGAGGUAGCCAAUGCAAAAGAUACCAUCACAAUCGACGACGCAGUCCGCCUUGUCAACUCCACCAACGUGAAGUUGUUCGCAGGACAGCAGUUCUCAAACAUACGAACGGCUCGCACCGACUUCUACGACACGUACCUUCCCAGCGUCACCUCCAAAAGCUCGAUCAAAAAAGAUGAAAUUGUAGAGCCCGGCUAUCUUGCACAGACAUACAAGUCCAUCAUAGAUGGCGAGAAGACAGUGUGGGAAUCCCUGCAGCAGCUUGACUGGAUUUUCUCCAAUAAUGACCUCCAUAUCGAUGACUACAACUUUUUCGCGCGGCUUUUCGGCCAAGGAUACGCGCUCCUUCUCCACAUGCACUCCAUCCUUGUCCACCUACGAUCUGUCGAGCUUCUCGACAAGCUCGACCUGGACGACUACAGGCUCCUGCCGGAGACGCUGCGUCUCUUAUCGUUCAUCAGCAAGAUUCUGGAGCAGGUCGACAAUAUGAACAGCAAGGUCCGCACACUACGUCUCGGAAAGAUCUCUCAAGUCCAAACAAAGUUCGACAGUACGGGGACAUCAGCGACGCUCUGGUGGGACGACAAUUACGAGAAGCUGGGCUCUACCGCCUCCGACCAGGCCAUUGAUGGGAGCAAGGUCUCUGGCCACUGCGUCGAAAUGCUCACCGCCUUCAGCGACCCCACCAACAGCGUCAACCAGAAGAGGCAAGACCGCGUUGAUUAUAUUACGAACAUCUACACAGCUCUCACGGGGGAAUUCCUUGAAAAAUUGCUCAAAGAUACGAAGACUUUGAAGGUGAAAAUCGAUGCUCGGAAGACGAAGCAGGAAGCGGCGAAAAAGACCGCCGAAGAGGUCUGUUCUGAAUCUCUUCACGCUUAG